GCCCUUCUGGGAAACAGCAACAGAGCACACCUCGUCCAACCUUUGCUCAACAUUUCAUCAUUUUCUCUUAGCGAAAGCAGAGCGAAAACGUAGUCGAGGCUGAUGUGCGAACUGACAGACAGCAGGUUAUCAGAGCACCAUGGAGCUGCAGUGAAAGGACGCUGGUUCACAUUUCAACCGAUGCAACACUGCCAGAUCAAAGAGCACCAACCUUGCCACCUAGUGGAGCUCUGAGGGUCUGUGUUCCCUGGUCAACAGAAAUCCUUCAGACAGCUACCUCCCUCAUCUGGGGGGAUGCGUGCCCUGCAACUCUUACUCCAGAUCCCACUCAGCUUUUAAAGGUCUAAACAACACAUAUCCCGUCAAAUAUUGGCUGGAGGAGAAAUCAAAACUGCCUGGGGAUCCUCAUCAAAGGAGCUGAUUUUUCUUUUUUCUUUUUUGUCUUUUUGUGGAAAUUACUGCCAUAGCACAUGCCUCCAAGCCAAACUUAAUGGUAAAAUCAAAAUACAGGUCUCACUGAACACUCAACUGAGAGACACAGGAGAAGUCUCUUCCCUGAAAGAGACGGCACCAACAAAAGAAAAGUCAAAUGGACCUAUUAGCAAAUGUGAGCACGACACCAGCAGCAGAAAGCAACGGCACUUCGGUGAGCCCCACUGUCAAAAAUCCAAACCACAACUGGGAGUUUUUAGUGGCUGUUCUGGUCACGGCCAUCUCUUUCUCCAUUCUCACCGCCAUUCUAGCCAAAUGUCAGGUGAUCCGACGUUACUUGGCAAGCUACAGACACACACGGCUGAGGGAUACAGACACUGUUAGCCAAUGUGACCAGUCAGGCCAUGAGGUGGAGUUUGUUAUGCAGGGGGGACGUGGAAUGGGCCCCGACUGUCUCCCUGCGGUGGGAGAGGAAGACGAUGAUGGCUUCAUUGAGGACAACUACAUCCCAGCCAGUGACAGAGCGAGAGCCGAGAAAGAGGCAGAGGCCAUAGAUGUGGACACAGAGGAGGAAAUGGACGACAUCGAAUUCUCCAUCACUUAAGAGUAUUCAAAGCCUAAAAUGUUGUUGCCUGAGCCACCAAAUCCACUCCAAUCUUUGUCUUUUGUGUAUUUUAACCCAAAUUUGUUUUCAGUAUAAGUGGUCAUUUUAUAUAUAAAAAAAAAAAAAAGAAAAAGCAAAGUGUCAAGAAGAUCUGCCUUCAUUUUAAGAAAGCAUGAAAUGCUUAAAAUCAGUCUGCAUGAUUAUGGAAGCUGUUUCUGAUGUGAGGUCUGAUAACUCAUCAAUGUGCACUAAUAAUAAAAAUUAAGCAUAUUCUCAGUAUUUUAUCAACAGCCAUGUGCCAAAGGAGAGCACCCGAAUAGAAAUGUUGUAUCUUGUUUAUAGUAACUUUAUUUACAAUUUCAUGAUGAUGCCGAUGAUGAUGAUGAUGAUGAUGAUGAUGAUGAUGAUGAUGAUGAUGAUGAUGAUGGUACUAGAAUUUAAUUCAGCUUUUUCAGAUACAAUUCUCAAUAUGUGAUGCUUGAUUUAAGCACUGUACCCUUUAUUAGAAAUAACUGUAUGUAAGCUUUUACCUCCAACCUCAUUCUGAAAAUGUACAUGAACUUUUCUAUUUUAAAUUGUUACUGUGAUUUGUUUUAGAGUUUUGUUGUUUUGCAAGUGGCGCUUUGUGAAAAUCCUGAGACAUUUUUUUUCUAAUCUUGGAUUUGAAUAAACCCUCAUACUGUG